ACUCACUUUGGUAAGCUCCCCAGCUGGAACCAGUUCAGCAGCUCCUGCUGACGCGCGACCCAUUGCCGGUUACCUGAGCUGGGAAACCACGUGAGCGCCACAUCAUCUGGGCUUUUGAUACUGAAAGUCACAGAAAAGAGGAAACAGGAAAAAGACCGAAGCAAAACCCCAUUCCUAGACACCCGGAGAAGGGAUCGUUUGAAUUUGCGGCGGAGCUUGAGCCUCGGCAGGGGACGCGCGCCGAGGCCGAGCCAGCGGUCCAGGAGAGGCUCCCCGAAACCCGGCAUUGCCUAGGGAGGCAGCCCAACCGAGCAGCGCUUGCCGUCCCGCCUCCUGUUUCUGCUUCGCGCGCACCAAAGGAGUGCCGAGGUUCCCGCGCAUCAAAGGAGUGCCGAGGUUCCCGCGCAUCAAAGGAGUGCCGAGGUUCCCGCGCGCGAUUCUCUGGUUUCCUUCGGGGCCAGAGACUUCAGAAGCCUCAGGGCAGGAGCCGGGCGGCGGCGGGCCGGCGCUGGCCGGGGAAGAUGCUGCAGUCGCUGGCAGGCAGCUCGUGCGUGCGGCUGGUGGAGAGGCACCGCUCCGCCUGGUGCUUCGGCUUGCUGGUGCUGGGCUACCUGCUCUACCUGGUCUUCGGCGCCGUAGUCUUCUCGUCGGUGGAGCUGCCUUACGAGGACCUGCUGCGCCAGGAGCUGCGCACGCUUAAGCGGCGCUUCGUGGAGGAGCACGAGUGCCUGUCGGAGCAGCAGCUCGAGAGCUUCUUGGCGCGCGUCCUGGAGGCCAGCAAUUACGGCGUGUCGGUGCUGAGCAACGCCUCCGGCAACUGGAACUGGGACUUCACCUCGGCCCUGUUCUUCGCCAGCACCGUGCUCUCCACCACGGGUUAUGGACACACUGUGCCUUUAUCAGAUGGAGGAAAAGCCUUCUGCAUAAUCUAUUCUGUCAUUGGAAUCCCCUUUACACUGCUUUUCCUGACUGCAGUAGUGCAGCGCAUUAUAGUCUAUGUUACCAGGCGGCCUGUGCUGUAUUUCCACAUUCGAUGGGGUUUCUCAAAGCAGAUAGUUGCCAUCAUCCAUGCAGUGAUUCUGGGCUUUGUUACCGUCUCGUGCUUUUUCUUCAUCCCAGCAGCAAUAUUUUCUGUCCUUGAAGAUGAUUGGAACUUCCUGGAAUCAUUUUACUUUUGCUUCAUUUCUCUGAGUACCAUUGGCCUUGGUGACUAUGUUCCAGGAGAAGGUUAUAACCAAAAAUUCAGAGAGCUGUAUAAAAUAGGAAUUACAUGUUAUCUGCUGCUGGGCCUCAUUGCAAUGCUGGUGGUUCUAGAGACUUUCUGUGAGCUUCAUGAGCUCAAAAAAUUUAGGAAAAUGUUCUUUGUGAAGAAGGACAAGGAAGAGGACCAAGUGCAUAUAAUAGAACAUGACCAGCUGUCCUUCUCUUCAAUUUCAGACCAGGCAGCUUCUUUGAAGGAAGAUCAGAAAGUAAAUGAGCCUUUUGUGACUCCUCAACCUGCAGUUAACUGUGACGGCUGUAUAAACAAUUAACCAAGGGCUUCCAUUUCAAUAUCAAUUGUGCACUUACAUCCUUGCAGUUAGAACUAGUACCGUUAAUGAAACUAGAGAUGCAGAAAGCUAUGCUAUAUUACAAGUAUUCAUUGUUGGGGACAUUUUAAAAUGUAUGGGCCAAAUAAAGCUUUCUUCAGCUAAAUCAACAUUCUGGGAAUGUUGGCUGAAAAAAACCAUGCAGCUGGGAACCCCUCGAUGUUGUAUGCAUGGAACAUUCACUAGAUUUGAACAGUUCAGUUCUCAUUUCCCCAGCCUAUUUGAGUCCCCUCCUCCCCUCCAAAAAAAAAACUUUCGUGUCUUACUAACAAAAUAGGAAGUUUCUGAUGCCAUUUGCAAGUUCCGGCUUUGAAACAUGAAUGAUGUACUGAAGUGUUUGGAAGAACUGUUUGGAAAAGGUUUCCAAGUAGCGUAGAGUUGGAGGGGUAUAUUGCUGUAUCCUGGAAAAUGGGAAAAAGUCUCUGCCAGAUCUUUCAGUGAGAUUCCCUGAUGUAUGGGUUAGUGCAUGGUGGGUUAUGUCUCUGCUUGCACCCCCACAGAGCCUAAAGAUCCAGAGCCAAGUACAUUAUAUCAGUUCUGGGUGGCCUACUUUACUGUGAUUUUAAAGCUCAGCUGCACACCUUCAAAGCCUGGCUCAGUAAGGAUAAAAACAGACAUUCUAAAGUGUCAUGAAAAGUGAUUUAAACUCUUCUUUGUUGUAUGCCAAGCACACUUUAAAUGUAUCUGAUUCACCCUUAAAUAUAUUCCAGUCCUCGUUACUGAGCAAGAAUUUUAUAUCCUACUUCCUGUAGGAAAUCAAACUGGGUGCUUUCCUUCUGGCCUUAAAAAAAAACAGCAAAAAGAGUGCUUUUGCAACUGAUGUCAGUGGAUAUAGGAUCAGGGACCCAUGAGCACCAGCAUAUACAACACUUGGAGGGACAGCAUAGGGGAAAGCCAUCUUCCUUAGCAUUCUCAAACACCCCUUUGGCUCUGAUUUUACCCCACAGGCUGCGAUUCUCAAACCAUUUAUUGCCAAGUGGUUUCAGAGUUAUUGUGCUAUCUGUUCAAAGUAGUAGUAGUAUAGCCGAAUACAGAAAUAUAUAUAAUUUUAUGAGAAAAGAAAAAUACUUGAAAGUCUAUCACCUAAAGCACUGUAUAUGGGUUUAGUUAAUACCUAGUGUUUAUUAAUAGAUUUUAUACCUUUACUAGGGAAGUUGACUCUCUUGAUAAAUCUGCUUUGAAAUCUAUGUGAGCUGAAAUUUAUAUUUAAGAAAACACAACUCGGAGAUGCUUUUUAAACUUGAUUUGAAGCAUAGUGUAUUUGCAUGUUCUCAUCAAAGUGGCUAUUUUUGAACAGCUUAAGUUGGUUCUGUUUAUAAUGUUUAACCUUUCUUUGUGUACAUAAAUAUAUACAUAUAUUUAUACAUUGUACAUAUGUUGUAAAUCACCAGAAUUUAACUGACUCAGCUUUGAAAUGUUAAAAGAUAACUUCACCCACAGAUUUUUCUUUAUGGAGAAGAAAAAUCUAGAACUCUGGCACUGAAAACAAUGGCUUAACUCCUGACCACAUGAAUUUGGAAGGGUAAGUCUGUAGGAUUGCAAUUUUAAAGUGCUUAUUUUUUAAUAGGCCCAGCCCACCCAUCUCAGUGAGGCUGCUCACAAGUAGGUUGAGUGCUGUGGCCUUCAUAGUAUACUGUACCAUGGAAUUCUGUUUUGCAGUGAAAGUCUAAUGGUACUUGGUGCCAGGAAACAGGUACAAGUUGCAUUGAUUGCAGGUGUUUGCUUUUUUUAAAGAGUGUGCUCAGUUGCAAUGAUGAUUAAUACUAAAGCACAGAACGUCGCAGACAAGCUGAAAUACCAUAUUAUGUUACAUAUUAGCUAUUAGCUAUUUCAAAUGUUCAAAGUUGAAUAAAGUGUGGCUCCAGUUGCCUUUUUGUGUGAUGUCUUAA